AUGCUUGAUGCAGCUAUGGAAAUUGAAUAUCUACAUCAUGGUAAUGUUACUCCAAUUGUUCAUUGUGACCUAAAGCCAACCAACGUUCUUUUAGAUGAAGAUAUGGUGGCUCGUGUUGGUGAUUUUGGAAUCUCUAAAAUAUUAACCAUAAGCAAGUCCAUGGCUUAUACUGAGACAUUGGGCACUCUUGGAUACAUUGCACCAGGAAAUGAGCUUAUAAGAAAGGACAUGGUACAGAGGAACAUCACUUGGACUCGUUUAAAAAGGCAAAGGGUUGUGGCCUUGACUCUUCCUAAUUUGCAACUUCAAGGCACAAUUUCCCCGUCUUUGGCCAAUUUGUCCUUUCUCAGUGUUCUCAAUCUCAAGAACAACAGCUUCCACGGUAGUAUACCUUAUGGCCUUGGCCACUUGCCUCGCUUGCGAGUCAUUGAUAUUCAAAACAAUCAGCUGGAAGGAAGUAUACCGACAAGUCUAUUUCAAUACCAGAGAGUUCAAGUAAUUUCAUUGGACUUCAAUAAACUUGGUGGUGAAAUGUGGAGAGGGCCAUGCCUCACGGGUAUAAUCCCUCCUUCUAUUGGAAAUGCCACAAAAAUGAUGAACUUCAGUUUGUUUGGGAAUAGAGUAAGUGGCAACAUUCCAAAGGAGGUCAUUAAUCUGAGCCAACUUGCAGACUUGUACUUGAUUGAUAAUCAAUUAACAGGUUCCAUUCCCGCAGAACCGUUUAAUAUCUCAUCAUUGCGUGUCGUAAGUCUGUACAACAAUAGCCUUUCUGGCCGUCUCUUGCUUGAUGAAGGGAAUAUUGUGUCAAAUCUGAAGGUUUUAAGUAUAAGUUACAACCAAAUUUCUGGUAGCAUUCCUUCCAACAUAUGCCAACUCACAGAGCUCAAAGCAAUAAAUGGGACUAUUCCUGCUUCAUUGGGAAAUAUUUCCACUCUAAAUAUUCUUGUUUGUAGAAACAAUCGCAUAGUGGGGCAAAUUCCUCCAGAAUUAGGGAAGCUAUCAAAUUUGCUUAUUGGUCAAAUUCCAGAGGCUAUUUUCAACAUAUCUUCUAUGGAACUUGAAGGGGAAAUUCCAGAGACUAUUUUCAAUAGAUCUUCUUUGGUAGUCAUUGCUCUCAAUUUCAACAACCUCUCGGGGAGAAUUCCAACCACUGCAGGUCUUCAUCUUCCGAACCUUAAAGUGCUUGACUUGGGAGUCAAUCAGCUGGUAGCAGAAACUCCAUUGUUCAUAACAAAUGCUUCCAAGCUUGAGAUACUGGAUCUAAGUGAUAAUUUCCUCACAGGAACUAUUCCUACUAAUUUAGGAAAUCUUCGUGAUCUGCGAGAUAUCUUCCUACAUACUAAUCAACUUAUCAAUGAACCAAGAGAGUAUGAGUUGCGAUUCUUCAAUUCUUUGGUGGACUGUAGGAUGUUGCGAUAUCUAGAAGUGGGUUUGAAUCCGUUGAAUGGUGUUCUGCCCAAUUCUAUUGGGAAUCUUUCAUCUACUAUUGAAGUAUUUGAAAUGUCACAUGCACACAUCAAUGGCCUCAUCCCCACAAGUAUAGGCAACAUAAGCGGUCUGCUAGCUCUAGACUUUCAACGAAAUAACUUUAUGGGAAGUAUUCCUUCUGAUGUUGGUGAGCUUAAACAACUCCAAGGGCUGUAUCUAAAAAACAAUAAAUUGCAGGGACAUAUUCCAGAGGCGAGUGCUUAG